AUGAAUUAUAACUUCACAGUUCCAACUCUUCUGGGCGUUGUGUUCACCUACUCAACCAACAAUGGAAGUGAUUUCAAGGGCCUAUGUGCUACUCUCAUCCUCAAUUUUAUUCCCUCACUUCCCAAUAACAUCGGUGAUGUCUUAAGGUCGGUUAAUUAUGCCGAGGUAUUUCAAGUUAUUGCUGUCAUCAGACAUCCACUGAUUUUCUCCCAAAUGGGAAAUUCCACAAAUUGUCCAGGUGAUGGAAAGUGUCCGCACCAAACAAGCUGCCUGAGUUUCACCUCUCCACAUGGUAUCACUUUCGUUUCCUACAUUUUCCUAUCAUUUACGUAG